CUAUACGGGACAUCAGAGCAGACCUCCCGACAUGUUGGAAACUGGGAGCCACCACUUCUAGCGCGGGGGGAGACCCGCACAGAGUAAAGAUAAGGCCUCUAAUCCCUCUACCGAACGUUAGUAAGAACUCUCCUCCAACAUCUUCGAAGACAGUCGGAGCCCUUCGUGCUCGGGUCAAAGUUUUCCGGCGGAGAAGCGUUGCCAUCGCUAACUCGUCCGGCCAAGAAGAGGACCUCUUGAGGGCUGAGUUCGAAGGCUGCAUGGCGUUGCCAGGUGGAAAUAAAGAUAACAUCAGAGCAGGGUGCAAGAAAUGUGGCUAUCCGGGUCACUUGACGUUUGAAUGCCGAAACUUUCUUCGGGUGGACCCUAAAAGAGACAUAGUUUUGGAUGUCAGCAGCACAAGCAGUGAAGACAGCGAAGAAGAGGAGCUGGGAAAGCUUCAGACCAUUCCAGAAAAAAAGGGUAUUGCAAAGGAAGAAGAAAAGAAAAAGACCAAAAAGAAAAGAAAAGAGAAAUCAAAAUUAAAGAAAGCAAGAAAAAGAUCUUGUUCCUCAAGUUCUACAGAAGAGGAUGAGCCUAAAUCAAAAAAACAGAAAUCCCACAAAAAGGAAAAGGAUAAAAAGAGUAAAUCCAAGAAAAGAAAACAUCACAAGAAGGGGAAAAAAAAGAGAAAAAAGGGGAAAGAGUCUUCAUCUUCUGAUAGCUCAGAUUCUUCUAGCAGUGACUAAGCAAGCCUAGGAUGAUGUAGAUCCCUCCUGAUUAUAAUGAUGCCCAGAUAACAUAUAUUUUUAUGGAAAAAGUCUGUUAUUUAUAAUGCCUCCUUGUAUUAAAAGUAAUUUUUUGGAAA